AUGUUUAGGGAUUUAAACAGGAAGGUUCGGGGAGGGAACAUUGUGUUGAAAUUAGACUUGGAGAAGGCGUAUGACAGGGUGGAAUGGAGAUUUCUUAAGCAUGUUCUUGGCAACUUCGAUUUUAGCGCCAACUGGGUGGCUCUAGCAGAAAAGUGCUGGUCAAAUAGCUGGUUCUCCGUUCUCUUAAAUGGCGAAACAAUCGGAUAUUUUAAGUCUUAUAGAGGCCUUCGCCAGGGAGACCCGCUUUCUCCUAGUCUAUUCAUCCUGGCAAUAGAGGCCUUUAGCAGAGGUUUCAGACUGAUUAUGGAAAGGGGAUUGUGCCUUCCCUUCAAACUCAAAAUCGGCUGCCCCCUCAUCUCUCACCUGCUCUAUGUCGAUGAUAGUCUCUUGUUCCUUAACGGUGGCUCAGCAUCAAUCAAAUCCGCAAAGCAGUUCCUAUCCUCCUUCCAAGCGGCAUCAGAUAAACUGACCAGCUGCAGGAUCAGAGCAAUCGAGACCUCCUUGGAAAUUUGCAAGUCCUGCAUGGGGGCCACCUAUCUAGGCAUUCCUAUGUCUACUUGCAGGAUUAAGAAAGCAUAUUUUAAGGACCUCCAGAACAAGAUUGAUGCGCGCAUCAAUGGGUGGAAGGCACGAUGCCUCUCUCAAGCAGGGAGAACUAUCUUGAUUCACCACGUCUUCGGUAGCAUCCCGGUCCACACCUUAGCCGCAUCCAAGAUCCUGUUGCAAGUUAUUGCAGAGAUUCAGACAAGUUUUGCAAGCUUCUUCUGCGGCAUCUCCCAAUCCAUCUCCAAUGUGGAAGAGCAUCAGGUCCUUGUUCCCUUUCCUGGACAACGCCAUUCAGUGGCUUGUGGGACAGGGAAACUAUUCUUAGUAAAAUCAGCAUGGGUUUUAUGUAGAGCGGAAGGGCAAAGACGGAGCAAGGUAAACUGGGUCUGGCACGCCAAGUUGCCUCCUAAGAUUUCUACCUUUGUCUGGAAAUUGCUACACAAUGCAAUCCCCAUUGACUAUAACAUCCAGUCCAGAGGUAUUUCUCUCGCCUCCAUGUGUGUCUGCUGCAAUGAUUCGCAGACCCAUUGUCCUUCAAAGGAGACGCUGCCCCACCUGUUCCUCUAUGGUAAGCUCGCAUCAGCAGUCUGGCCGAGAUUUGGCGCAAUCUUUGGUACAACGCUAUCCAUGGAAGGAACACUGCUGGGUUGGUGGCAGGCCCAUCAGGCUAGCGGGUGCACUGCAACAUUGCAAGGGCUGCUUCUGAGUAUCAUUAUGUUGGAUAUAUGGAAGAGCAGAAACGAAGCUAGGUUUGAAGGUUCUCUGCAGGUUGGGUGCUGGCCUAAGCCUCUUUGGGAGUUGGCAGGGCUGAGGGGUUAUCGGGUGAGGCAGGACUUUUUUGCGAAUGUGUCUUUCUACAGCUUCUUUGCAGGAUAG